GUCCAGCUCUCCAGCACAUACACGUACAAACUCGGACCACCGCCUCCGAGAUGCCAAAGUCGUCGAGCCCAGCGCUAGCGGCGCCAGAGUUUCGCGCAUGUACGGAAUGCCGGGUAGGAUGCGCCCCUCGGACCCGUGCAGAAGAUAGGCUAAUGGGUGAGAUGGUGUAGAAGCGCAAAAGCAAGGCAAGAGCCAGAGUCAAUAUCUUGCCUUGUAAUGUUGAUUAACAUCUACUCAAGUGCUCUGGAACUACCCCAUGUCUGUACUGCAGCCGGAACAAUAAAGAAUGCGUGUUUAACCGUGCGCCAUCUCGGACGCCUCUGACGCGGAGGUGCGCACUCUAAUAUUGAACUUGGUGUGAUACAUGUUGAAUCUUGUGGUAGAAACCUCGACGAAGCAGAACACCGCUGCGUAAAGCUAGUAGAGCUACUCCGCAGACUAAACCCCGACAUCGACAGCGAGGACGCUCUAAGGACAGUCGCAUCGGCUGGUACUGGAAGUCCUCGGCCGUCAGUUGAUCGGCGACUGAGCCUUGAUCGCCGUGGGCAGGUCUCGGAGGAGGCGGAUCGGUUCGACUGGAACGAGGACUCGUCAAUUGCGACGCCACACCGGGGGCAGAGUCGUCCGGAUGGGAUGGGGUCGCUGCCGACGGGAAAUGCGGAGGCUGGAUAUCUUGGAACCAGUUCAGGCUCGAACAUCCUGAGAGCCAUCUCAAGUCUGCUCCCAGAACCAGCUGACCCCGAUACCACGCACCAGGUAUCUACUUCGACAGCAAAUGUACCUCAACUCGAAACCCAUCCAGCCAUCGGACAACUAAACAAUACUAUAGUCCUGGACACUCUAAUAGAUGCGUACUUCCUGCACUACCACCCAGCGUACCCGAUCCUACACGAGAGCAUCUUCCGACAAAAGUACCACAGCCGCCGUGAAGUCCGCAUGCAGCCACGCUGGCACCCGAUAUUCUACCUCGUCCUCGCGAUCGGCGACUGGAUUGGCAACUAUCUCCAAAAGCGGGAUCGCCCAAAUACCGGAUACAAUUUCAUUGGUAUCGCCUACCGCAUGGCGCUGGGUCUGGGCUUGCAUCGUGAGCCCCCGGCACAGACGGCAGCGGAUACGCUCCUGAAUGAGCGGCGGAGGGUGGUCUGGUGGAUUGUCUAUUGCUUUGACAGUGGCUUUAGCCUGACCACGGGGAGGCCAGUCACUGUUUUGGAUUCGUUUAUCGAAACGAGACUUCCGAGGAAUAUUGAUGAUUCGGGCUGCGACCUCGCCUCUACCCUUCCACCCCCAACAACCCAACCAACAAUCUACUCGAGCAUAAUCGCACACUCGCGCCUCGCCAUCAUCGCCAACACCAUCCACCGCACUGUCAUCUCCGCCCCUUCUUCUGCGCCCACCGACAACAACCCCGCAACCCUCCAGAGGGCCCGCUCUCUCGACCGCCAGCUCAAGGCCUGGAAACUCUCCUUGCCAUUCUACUUCACCACACACGACGUCCCUGCCUGGUUCCGCGGACCGCGCACCAUACUCCGCUGGAAGGAGCUGAAUCUAAGGAUGAUGCUUUGGUGGGGAUGUCAGCGUGCACUCGGCCUCCUCCGAGAAGAAUCGGGGUCGGUAUCAGGAUCCGACGGUGGCGGCGGCGCCAAUGAGGCGCAUAAUAUGUGCCAAUACACGGCCAUUGAAACGAUACAGGACAUCGCGACAUUCUGCAUCGACCACGCAAAUGACGGCACCCUGCAUCCGGGACUAGCCUGUUACGCCAUCUACUUCCUCUUUCAGGCCGUCAUCGUCCUGAACAUCCACCAAUUCAAACCGCGCGAUCCCAACGAUGUCAGCCUGGCCGACGCGGAUCAGGACCUCUGGGUGUUUUCCAUCUCCAAGGCGCGAGAUUGUCUAACGCAGUUGGGGAGGAGUAAUACAGCGGCCAACCGGUGUCUUGAGGUGCUCGAUCGGAUUUGGAGUGGGGUGCAGACUACGCCGAGGGAUGUUACGUCGCCUGCUGCGACGGGGGUAGCUGCUGCUCCUGCUACGACACAGAGUCGUGGUGAUCCCGGCCCUGCGUAUGGCGCUGCGUCUCCGCAGGCAUACACUGCGCUCGGAGAACCAAGCGCGACAACAACCACGAACCCCGAUGCACACACGAAUGCAAACCCCAUCGCGUAUGCCGUGGAUCCGGCAUUACAGAUCUUUCUCAAGGAUGCGUCGUGGGAUAAUGCCAUCUUUGAGGGCCUGCAUGGAUUCCCGAGUACGGUUGAAACGGACCCGUUGUAUUAUGACUUUGCAGGAGGCACGUCUGGAGCCAAUGGUGGGCAGAGAUACUCUAUGUUUGGAAAUAUGGAUUUGGAACCUACCUAGACUCCGCGGUGCAAAGUAUACCUCUAACGACAAGGAGCCGUUGAGAGUCAAGAUGGUCCGGGCACUUCCCAUAUCCUCGUGCCCCAAGCAUUCGAAAUGUUCGCCGUUCUAAUUGGUAUUCUCGAAGAAUGAUUGGAUAUUGCUAAAGUAGUGAUG